AGAGGAGUCCUCGCUCGGACGCCUCCUUUGUGCGGAUGCAAAGAAACCUAUUUAGUCCCAGGCGGAGGUCUAUUCACCAGGCUCACCCUGACAUCUGCCAAAAGCCCUCUCUAACCAGCACUGUCUGGAGAAGUAAGAGUAGCGCGCAGAUCAAUGACUGUCCUGUUAAUUGUAUAAUAGACCUACUUAUGGACCACUGCUAAAGGGGCACAAUCGUUUAGGGUCUACCACGUCUGAUUUUGUUUGAACCAAACAGGCCUAAAUACCUUUAAUUGCCCCCGGGCUGAUGAAAAGUCGAUGGGAGUUAAAGCGGCCGAUCACUAACAGAGCUUAAAUCCAUCUGUACUCGUUUAUUUAUUUAUUUCCUCCAUUUGUUUCCACAAAUCACCUGCCAUGGGGGAAUGGGAGCGAUAUUCGUUUUGUUUGUGAUCCAAGGACGGGAGGGAAGUGGGGCUGAAAUGAGGCCUGGUGUUGUAAGGCUUCUCAUCUCCUAUAGUUUUUUUUUCCUCUUUUAUGACUAAAGUCCACACUGUACAGAAUACACUCACCCUGCCUUUCUUCAAAAAAAAAUAGAAAAUAAAAUAGUGUAAUCAGCUUGAAAUGUGUUUUAAUGUGUAGGCUUUUUUCAUUAAUUUGGGAGAUCAAUCCUCCCGCUCUGAAGUAGGGUCAAUGUUUGUAAACAGCCUAUUUGACACAGUCCAGUGAUUUGAAAAUUGAGAUUUGGGUUUGUGUAAUUAUUUAAUGGCAAUACAUUUUCUGGCUCAAAUAACUGUAAGCUCCCCUCUCCUUGAGCAAAGUAAAACAAGCCUCUGCAUGAGCUCCCCGCCGGUAUUUUACAUGUAUGUCUACCUACAAACAGGAGUCCUGUCAUGGCACAGGCUAUAUGAGAUUAAACAAACACAUUAAGAUGUUUAACGUGGAAUAAUUUGAGCAUGAAAAGCUAAUAAAUCAGAGGACGGAAUGGCAGAGGAUUGGAUUGAAUUGUAGUGUUUCGUGCACGUUUGAAUCUGUGCGUGUGCGUGCGUUUGUGUGUAUGAAAAAAAAAAAAAAAAGAGGGGGGAGUCACGUCGCUGACAUUUCCAAGCUCCCGCUCUGAUUGGCUCUUAUUUGAGGAAGCUCACGGGUUCUUUCAACUAAUAAGCGCCUCCCCGUCGCUCUAAAGGACAUUAUAAUGCAAGGGACCUCCUUUUUUAACCACAAACCGAAUUUUCGUUCAUUUAGACGAUAUAUACUUUUUAAAUUGCCCCAAAGUUGUAGGAUUUUUUUGGAGCGCAUUUCGCCCUGGAGCGGUACGCGAUGCUCUCUCACGCCGACCUCCUGGAUGCUCGGCUCGGUGAGUUAUCAUCACUAAACUCCGGCCCUAAACUCCAGUGGAUGAAGGAUGCUGCAGAGUUACUCGGACACCGAGAGGCUCUCAAGUGCCGGCUGGGAGGUGGGGUGACAGACCAGGGGCAUCCGGGAGACAUGGCCCCUGGUUCAGAUUCAGUAGAGGGAACCACCCUCUUGCCGGGAGAAGACAUAGCCACUGUGGGAUCCAACUCUGCCGGCAUGCCGGUAAACGGAAAGGAGCAGGAGAAGCAGCAGCAGCAACCGCAGCAGAGCUCCGGUCAGUCCGCCAGCCAGCAGAAACAGAAGCGGCACCGAACGCGCUUCACCCCGGCGCAGCUCAACGAGCUGGAGCGCAGCUUCGCCAAAACCCACUACCCUGACAUCUUCAUGAGGGAGGAACUGGCGCUAAGGAUCGGCCUCACUGAGUCCAGAGUUCAGGUUUGGUUCCAGAACAGACGCGCUAAGUGGAAGAAAAGGAAGAAGACUACCAAUGUUUUCCGCGCCCCAGGGACUCUGCUCCCAACACCGGGCCUGCCACAGUUCUCUGCCGCGGCCGCCAUGGAGAACAGUCUGUGCUCCUUCCACGCCAACGACUCUCGCUGGGCCACGGGGAUGCCGGGGGUCUCCCAGCUGCAGCUGCCGCCUGCCCUGGGUCGUCAGCCGGGCAUGGCGCAGUCUCUGUCACAGUGCAGCCUGGGCCCAGGCCCGCCACCAAACUCCAUGGGUCUCUCCAACGGCCUGUCAUCCAACGGCUCUGGUCUGCAGUCCCACCUCUACCAGUCGCCUUUCCCCGGAAUGUCGGCCUCUCUCUCCGGCCCAACGAACGUAUCGGGCUCCCCGCAGCUGUGUAGUUCCCCGGACAGUGACAUGUGGAGAGGGACAAGCAUCGCGUCACUGCGGCGCAAAGCGCUGGAGCACACAGUGUCCAUGAGUUUCACUUAGUGACUUUUCAAAAACAACCUCCCUCACCGCACCCCUCUCUUCCUAACUCCCUCUCCCAGCCCCACCCUGCGGCUCUUUUUCUGUUUUUUCCCCCGCUAUUUAGAGCAACACGAGAGAACGAGCGAGCUAAUCAGGCCUGACAUGUCUGAAAUGUGGAGACUGUGUGUGACUUCAUCUAGACAUAAUGACAAAAAGAAAAGGACAACACUGAUGGACAAAUGGAAGAAAAAAUAACUUGGGUCUGGGGUUAUUUAUCUUGUUAAUUCAAAAGGAUUUUAUCAACUACUGAUGAUAAAUACUAUUGUAAUGAUCUCUAGAUUAUAGGCCCUAAUUACUGAGAGCCAAACAAUCGUCGUAUUUACGUUUUCAUUGAGUGUGUCUUUACGCACACAUGUUAUUGUGUUCAGGUGAAGUUGUGUUAUGUCAAAAGGUUAUUUAUAAGAUGGGGUAUAAAUUUUGGUAACAGCCUACCACUCACACACACACGCGCGCGCGCACACACACACACAAACAAACACACACACCAUACAGUAGGUGGGCCUAUUGAACUGCGUCUCAGGCUUGCACUGUGCAUGUGGAUUUAAACGCUUGGAUAAUUUCAGGAGAAAAUGGUUCCCACUCAGAUUGAAACACGUACUUUUGAGGCGACCUCGGUCUCGUCUGCAUGAGACGGGAGCAUAAAUCUAAAGAGGACAAAAGAAGAAAAUAUAUACAAUGAUCUUUUCAGUAGGCCUACUAUGUUUUAGGAUGUUUUGUGUAGAUAAAACAUUCUUGCUAUGUACCCGCUGGUCUUUUUUGUGACAUGUUUUAACUUAUUGUAUGUGCUAUUACUUAACACAUUUCUUAAAUGUUUGAUCUUACAUCGAAAUGCACCACAUUGACGGGUUUGUACCAAUUUAAAAUGACGAACAAAUAAAAGUAAUUUUCAAGAAUGUCAAAACAAGAA